AUGGCCGCCCGAAUAGCUGCGCGGCUGCUAAGGGGCAAAGGACCUGACGUGGCAUUCGCAGCAGCAGCAAGCGGAAAUGCAGCCGAGGGUGUUUCCGCAGGCUCGGAAGGUGCAGUAGGUUCGGCAAGCGCAGCCUCGGAAAGCGGAAAUCCAGCCUCAGGAGCGGAUGUAGCAGCGGGGGAGGUGAUCGGCGCGGGGGAAGAAGCGGGGGAGGCGGAGUGGGGAACGUACCGCGACAGGCGCGUGGCGGUGCGGAGCUUCAGCGGGGAGGCGCGCGGAGAGGCGGUGCUGGACGGGACUAUAUUCGACGUGCCUGUACGGAGAGACAUCGUGCACCGCGUGGUGCUCUGGCAGCUCGCGAAGCGCCGCCAGGUGCGGCGGAGAGGAGUGCGGGGGAUUGGGUGGGAGGAAGAGGAGUACAGUGUUUGGGGAGGGGGGAGGCGAAGAGAGGGGACGAGGGUAGGGGCGGAGAGGAUGGAGUGGGUGGUGAAUUGCAUUGGCACGCACAGCACGAAGCGGGCGUGCGAGGUGCGCGGGUCGUCCAGCAAGCCUCAUCGCCUCGUCCUCACCCUCUCACUCCCCACAUUGUCCGUACACGCCCCCUCCCCCACCCGCGCAGGGCACGCACAGCACGAAGCGCGCGUGCGAGGUGCGGGGGUCGUCCAGCAAGCCAUGGAAGCAGAAGGGCACGGGGCGCGCCCGACACGGGUCCCGCCGGGGGCCGCAGUUCCGGGGCGGAGUCACCAUGCACGGCCCCUGGCCACCUCUCCUUGCCAGGCCAAUGCACCCACUCACUCAAUCACCCCCCCUCCCCCACCACUUACCCCCCCCCACCAGUUCCGCGGUGGAGCCGCCAUGCACGGCCCCAAGCCGCGCUCGCACGCCUUCUCGCUCAACAAGAAGGUCCGCGCACUCGGGCUCAAGGCAGCGCUGUCGGCGCGGCUGAGGGAAGGACAGCUGGUCCUAUACUCUGAUUUGGAUCCGGGCAGCCCGAAAACGAAAGACAUGGCGCAGCACAUUGCCACGGCGUUCCCUGAGUCAAAGAAGAUCCUUUUCGUCGACGGUUCGCAACGGGCAGAUGAAACUUUGCUGCGGGCAUCUGGGAACCUGCACUAUGUGAAUGUUCUGCCAGUUGUGGGUAUGAGUGUGUACAGCAUAGUGCGGCAUGAUGCACUUGUAGUUCCUCCGUGUCUCAUCCUUCCGUUACACCAUGUGUGCCCAUCAACCCUCCCACCAGAGUCUGAACGUGAGCAGCAUAGUGCAGCACGAGACCCUCGUGCCAUCGGUCUGAACGUGUACAGCAUUGUGCAGCAUGAUGCCCUUGUGCUCUCGCUGCCGGCCCUGCAAGCCCUGGAGCACCGCCUCCUCUCCGCCAAGCGCCAGGUUCGGCCAGGCCUGGAGGAGAAGCUCUGCGCUGCUGCAACUGCCACGGCCUGA